AUGGCAGUAAUCAGUCUCCUCCAAUUUCCAACCGAACUCACCGAGCAGAUCUGUAGCUGGAUCGAUCCAGGCGAUCUCCUGCGUGUGCGUCAAACAUGCCGUGAGCUCAACGAAAGAUCCUUUCCUCUCUUCACGCAACGAUUCUUCGACUCUCGCUGCGUAAUGAUCCUCCCAGAAAGCCUGAAAAACCUGCACCAGAUAUCAAAACAUCCCAUGCUCAGCAAAGCCGUCCGUACACUAGAAAUCUCAACAUUGUACUUCGUGCCCCCUGAUGAGCUCCAACCACUCCUGGGAUCCGAGCAAGACGGAGACAGCUGGUACCGUACACCGGCUGUUAUGGCCUAUCAAGCCUACCACUCAGCUCAGCAAAAACUCCUAAAAGGCGACACAGAUAUCCCACUACUGGCAGAUACCUUGAAAGGCUUCACAAACUGCACCAGCAUCGGCACAGUUGACCUGCACACUCGUCUGCCCUGGGGCUUCAAGGCCGUCACACGACGCCUCGAAAUCUGCUUUCCAUCAAGAGCACGUUGGCGAGACAAUGAACUAGAGCUGGAGAACUUCAUCGACUCUCAAAAUGUCGCGCAGACGAGCCAGGAGAGCGGCCCCGGGGUGCUCGACCUUAUCCUCAACGUCGUUAUGGGGCUAGCCAAGGAUUGCCACGUUCCGGUCCGACGUCUAAACAUCUUCUCCCAAGGUGACCCGGAUAGGCCCUGUCACGGUAUCACUGAAUAUCACUCAUCAGUGCUGUCCAACGUCAACCAGCUCGAUUUCUUACUUGUGUCGCCUGAUUGCACGUGCUGGGCACACGAUGGGGGCAAGGGAUGGAAGGAUAGCGUGAAGCUCAUAGCUGCGUGUCCCAGCCUUACGCACCUAAAGGUCUUCAUGAGGCACACGCUCCGAUUCGCAAGCCUUUCAUACAUUCGCGCCCCAAAACUCACGACAUUGGAGCUACAUUGUAUGGAGUGUAGGGAUGCAGACAUAAUCGACUUCUUCCGCAAUCACCGAGAAACGCUUCGGUGCGUCAAAAUGACCUAUUGUAUGCUUCAAGCGUCCAAUCUCAGGGUGAGAUGGUGUUUGGACGGCGCUGAUCCAAACUUUGAAGCUUGGGGUAACGUACUGAGUGUUUUGCGAGACGAGACGAACGCUGAAGAAUUGCAUCUGGAAAGGAUUCAUUCUCCAUAUGGGGGCCACGGUCCAUUCAGGGCGGACAGUAAAGAAGGCAUUACUCGCGUUAUUGGCGAAAUGGCUGAAAGUUUAGCUUUAAAGUUACAGGCAUGGCCACGGAGUACAGAGGAGUAA